UUUACAUACAAAUCUGUACCUAUUUUUCUUAGUGUGUACUACCAUAAAAAGAGAAACAUCAAGGCUAGGUAAUCACAGAGAGGCAAAGUAAUGCAAUGCAAAACAUUAAAAAUACAUACAUGUAAUUUUAGGAAAAUUACAGGUGGAAACUUUGUAGAUUUUAUUUCUUAAUAGAAUGUAAGCAGAUUUUCUAGAGUAGCACAUUGGGAUUGUUCGAGUAAUACCAGAGAACCACUGGGUUAGAACAUUUGUGUUAAGUUCUUCCGCAGGAGAGAAUUUGAUUGAAAUUAAAGUUCCUGUGGAGUUUCUGUGGUUCAGUUCAGUUCAUUGUGUGUGUGAGGGAAUAAGUGACGUCAGGUUAAUAAUAUAAGGCACCCCGCUCCCUCUCUCGCGCUCCUACAGUGUCCCCUCUCUGCGCGUUACGCACGCGGUGCGCUCUUAGUUCAGCCUUCUCCUGUCCUCGCGCUCAUCUCUUUCCAUUGCGCGGUAACCGGCGCGUGAAUGCGCGCGGUGAGGAGAAGAUAAUAAGAGACCCGUGAGCGCGCGCGCGGCUUUCAUGGUGGUCGGCGACGCGAACAGGACCACGGGUUACGGAGAGAGCGCGCGCUCGCUCAUGGCGGAGGCGCGCGCGCGGGAGCCUGGCGCGCACGUGGCAAGCGCGAGGAUCGCGGAGGCGCUGCUGCUUCCACGGCUCUUGGAGCUCGCGCACGACGGCGGCGGCGGAAUUGGCAUCGGCGGGGAUCGCGUGCCCUCCGUCGCACACAUGCCCGCGCACACGCCCGGCUCCGCAGCUUCGGACAUGCUGGGACCCUCUGCGCUCGAGCCGAGCCUCGUGAUGGCCGCGGCCAACCGCACGCGCUGCGCCGAGCAGAUCCUGAGCUACGGCGGCGCGGAGAAGGUGCUGAUCGGUGCCGUGCUCACCGCGCUCACGCUCAGCACCAUCUGCGGCAACGUGCUCGUGCUGGUGUCCGUGUGCUUCGUGAAGAAGCUGCGGCAGCCCUCCAACUACCUGAUUGUGUCGCUCGCGCUCGCGGAUCUGUCCGUUGCGCUCGCGGUCAUGCCCUUCGUCAGCAUCACGGACCUGAUCGGCGGCCGCUGGAUCUUCGGACAGUUCUUCUGCAACGUCUUCAUCGCCAUGGACGUGAUGUGCUGCACAGCGUCCAUCAUGACGCUCUGCGUGAUCAGCAUCGACAGAUACCUGGGUAUCACCAGACCCUUGACAUACCCGGUGCGGCAGAACGGCUGGUGCAUGGCGAAAAUGGUCCUCUCUGUUUGGCUGCUCUCUGCGUCCAUCACCCUGCCGCCGCUAUUCGGUUGGGCGCAGAAUGUAAAUGACGACAAGGUGUGCCUGAUCAGCCAGGACUUCGGCUACACCAUCUAUUCCACGGCUGUGGCAUUCUACAUCCCCAUGACGGUCAUGCUAAUCAUGUACUACCGCAUCUACCGGGCAGCCAAGCUAAGUGCAGCCAAGCACACCAUCACCGGCUUCCCGCGGCCGGAGAAGAACAGGCAGGAUGAGGUGGAUGAGGACGAGGAGGACCCUGGAGACGGCUCAGAGGUGUCAACAGGCGUGGACUGUGUUACUGUUGCGAUGAAGCUGCACAGGGAAGUGGAGGAGUGUGCCCGGUUGCCUCGUCUCUUGCGGGGAAUUGGCGGUGGCUCCUCUGACCGCAAGAGCAUCUCCAUCUUCAAGCGGGAGCAGAAAGCAGCAGCCACUCUGGGGGUUGUAGUGGGGGCCUUCAGCUUCUGCUGGCUGCCCUUCUUUCUGUUGUCCACCACCCGGCCCUUCGUGUGUGGGACGGAGUGCAGCUGUGUGCCGCUGUGGGUUGAGAGGACCCUGCUAUGGUUGGGCUACGCCAACUCGCUCAUCAACCCCUUCAUCUACGCCUUCUUCAACCGCGACCUGCGCACCACCUACCGCAGCCUCCUGAGCUGCCGCUACCGCAACAUCAACCGCAGGCUAUCAGCGGUUGGCAUGCACGAGGCUCUGCGGCUGGUGGAGAGGCCUGAGACCACGGUGUCUGGGUGACCUUGGCUUACAAAAAGGGAAAAAGCAUGAAGCUGCAAAACUCAAGCGGAAAAAAAUGCUGAAAGACUUCAGGAUUCCAGAGCUUGACAGGGCCAUGGAACACAGCAGGGUUUCAAGCAUCAUUAUGAGGACCCUUGUAAGGUUUUCUAAAGAGAAGUCCAGAUAUCCAGCUUUACUCUUGAGCUUUCUGCGAUGGCAUGGAACACUUGGUCCUGAUGAUUUUUUAGAGUCUUGCGUCUUUUGAACAUCUUUGAAACAGGGAUGCCCAACAAGGAUGCUGAACUCUUGAACUCAUAACUGAACCAAACAAAUAAAUGUCAUGACAUGCUCAAGAAAAUAUGAUGAUCUGCAUAGAGGGUUCCUGCUAUAAUGAUGGACCAAGCAGUGGACUUGAUUCCCCAAACAGUUUUGGGUCAAUUGGGUCAUUAUUUGUGCUUUUCCAGUUGAGUAAGUAUCUUUUAAGGCUUGAUCACAUCUGGCAUUAACAUGAGUUUUGUAUAAAAGCACAUCAUCACAUCCCAUCAUCAAAGGUGUCAAAUGUAUUCUCAUUCAUUACUCUGUAGAAGUAUAGAUACUAGGGUUUAAAAUACUUCUGGAGAUGUUGAAGUAUCAACUCAAGCUUUUUACUCUUUAAGUAAAAGUGUAAAAGUACUGUUUCAAAACUACUUAAAGUAUAAAAGUAAUGUAAGGGGAAAAAAUUACAUUAGGACAAAAGCUUAGGCCAGGCCACAGGGUCCUUCCCUUUUUCUAAAAGCCAUAAUAAUAAACAUUCUUAAGCAUUAUUUUUUUUAAUUUAAAUUAAAUGAUUGUUCAUUAGGUGAUUCUGCCAUGUGCUGGGCAUUAAAGGGAAAUGCAAUUAAUACAUAUUUAAUAUGUUUGACCAGAUAUUAUUUGAUCAUGUAUGAGAUUUUAGAGAACUAAUAUUUUAAUUAUAUAAGGAACACACAAUCUACUUACAUGAAAAAUCAACCUGCAAGUUACAUUCAUUUUAUUAUUAUCAUUAUUUAAUAAUGCAAUAACAGUGUAUGUAAUGUAAAUAUACACUCUGCUGUGAUUAUCAUAGCUUUAAAUUUAUUAUGUUAAAAAAAAGUUAUUAAUUAUUUUUUUUUACUCUGAAUGUAGAAGCCGCCACAUUUAAUGUGAAACGCGAAACUUGCUAAACAGGAGUGAGAUAUAACUUGAUUAAAAUAUAACACAUCUUGUUUAACUACUCUAGAAGGCUCUAGUAACACUGAAUGAGAGAAAAAAUAGAACUUGAGAGUUAAAUUGCGCCUUGUUUUGGAACUUUAGGUUGAGCUGGAAGGGAAGGGAAAACUUAUAUAUAAAUAUACACUAUUAUACAUUCUUGAGAAUAAGAAAAAUCUUGUUUAACUACUCUAGCAGGCUCUAUGAACAUUGAAUGAGAGAAAAAAUGCAGCCCUAAAUCUUGUUUGCAGUGUGUCUUGGAGGUGUUUAAAAACACAUGUUAAUGCCAGGUGUGAACAGGCUCAUGGUGUCAAUUGAUGACACAAUUUGUUAAUAAAGCAUCAUUAUCCAAAAAUCCUGAGAACAAGAAGAUUGGACCGUAUGUGCACUAUUGAUAUAGUGUACAAACCCACGUUUUAAAAUUAGGUUUUUUUGGGGCUUCAUGUGUUCGAGUGAACAAAGACAUUGUCACUGUAAUCUAAGAAUCGCCAUUUCAAAUGCCGGAUAAUGCUGCUUACCAUCAGCAGCCGGAGUCUGAGAAUGUACAAUUAUCCAUGCUUUCUCAGGGGUGAUGCUGCUCAGUUCAUUUGACUGGGGAUUGAGUAAUUUGCCUUCAAAAUUGGGGAGAAAAUGGGAGAAAAGUAGAAAUAUACAGCUCUGGAAAAAAACAAGAGACCACUUCAGUUCUGAAUUAGUUUUUCUGAUUUUGCCACCUAUAGUUAUAUGUUUGAGUAAUGAAUGAAAAUUGUUGUAUUAUUCUAUAAACUACGCACAUCAUUCCUCCCAAAUUCCAAAUAAAAAUAUUGUCAUUUAGAGCAUUUCUUUGCAGAAAAUAAGAAAUGGCUGAUAAAAAAGAUGCAGAGCUUUCAAUAUUUGGUGGAAUAACCCUGGUUUUUAAUCACAGUUUUCUUUCAUCUUGGCAUGUUCUCCUCCACCAGUCUUACACACUUCUUUUGAAUAAUUGUAUGCCACUCCUGGUGCACAAAUUCAAGCAGUUCAGUUUGGUGUGAUGGCUUGUGAUCAUCCAUCUUCCACUUCAUUAUAUUCCAGAGCUUUUUAAUUUGGCAAAAUCAAAGAAACUCAUCAUUUUUAAGUGGUCCUUUAUUUAUUAUUUCCCGGAGCUGUAUACAUACAGUACCAGUCAAACGUUUGGACACACCUUCUUAUUCAAUGUUUCCUUUAUUUUUAUAUUUUAUAUUUAAUUUAUUUUGUACAUUGUAGAUUCAUAUUACAGACAAGUCACAUGAAGGGACACAUAUGGAAUUACAUAGUAAACAAGACCGUGAGAAAAUUCCCAGGGUGUGUAGAUCUGUCCUCAAAGCUAAAUGUGGUACUUAGAAGAAUGUAAUGUUUACAGAAUAAUUCUGCACAUGUUCCUGUAUAGCUUUAAUAUAGUCUUCAAUAUUAAAUUUACAAUGUAAAAACACAUUGAAUGAGAGGAUGUGUCCAAACUUUUGACUUUUACUGUAUAAAAAAAGUAGACUGUCUUGACUGAAAAUUGUUGAGGACAUGUUUGAUCUUUCCCCAUUAAUUAAUUUAUUGACCCAUUAAUAACUCGUUUGUCAACUGCCAAUGUCGAUUAAGUCAUUCAGAGUGGUUAAUCAGUGGCACCAAAUAAUUUAAUUCUUCUAAAGACAAAAAAAACAAAUUGUUUAGCACUUUCUGUAAUCCACACGUUCUGCCGCAGCUGAGAGGCUCCUGUGACUCGUUUAGCUCGCCUGCUGUGGUCAGAGUUGAGGAGGAAUAAUAGGCAUUUGAUACAAGUUCUGCAAUUAGAUCCUCACUGAGGAAGAGUGAUGGUAAACCGAGCUCACCUUCUUCUCGUAUCAGCAAUAUUUGAUCUGACAUUAAAAUAACUGCAUUUACAUUUUAAACCAGUACGUAUUACAAGCCCGUUUGUUUAUGGGUAUUUCGCGCCGACACCAAGUAUUGUGUAAGAUGAUUUAUUUAUUUUGUACAGUUAUUAUUAUAUAUAAAUAUUUGUACUGUAAUCUAUAGAUCAUGCAUGUUCGGGAUACCACACAUAAAAUAUCAGUGCAUUCUGUCUGUCAGGGAUCAGCUUUUUUUUCCCAGCAUUUUUUCCACCUUUGUCUAUGUUAUGUAAUAGUUACUAAAAUGACCAACACCAUACGUCUGUAGUUCUAUUGACCUGAUCUACGCAACAUUUCACAACAAGCGCCACUUUUGACACAGGGCCACAGUGUUGUUCUGCAUUCUUUCCUCCGUAAAACACAUCAGUGUAGAUGAGUGUUUGCUGUUUAUUUUCCUCAAGCCAGCUUUUUGA